AUGCCAUCGGCAACUUCAGCCGGCGCAUCAACAUCAAAAUCAGAAUCCACCACCUCCGCACUCGUCCUCUCCACGCUCAGCGCAUAUUCGGAUCUCACCAAACAACUGUUCUCGGCCAUUGAAAAUCCCUCCUCCCUGCAAAAAGCUCGGACAAUAUCAGAGCCUCACUCAGACAAAACCUGGAGAGUGACCAACAUCACCUCCAUCCUGACCGCACUCUCGGAAGUGGAUCAACUCUUCUCAUCCCGCAUCGAGCUCGCUCGUCAACACGCACUCAACCAAGCACGGAUAGAACGACUUGAAGCACAAGCAAAGAAACGAGAUCGAGAAACACGGCAAGCUAUACUAGAACUCAGCAAGAUCCAUUCUGAACUUUCGGAGAUCUCACGCAUGUCUCAGGAAGAGGUAGCUUGGAUGGAGCGUGCGGAAAAGAGGCCUAUUGGACAUUCAACACUGUUAGCGUAUGCGCAAAGGUUGGCCAAGUAUACUAGUGCUCCCCCGGGGUAUAAGCUUCCUCAGGUAGCAGCUGCGAGAUCGGAGGGUGUGGGGAAGAGAGAGGAAGAGGAAGGGGAAGGGGGAGAGGAGAAGGCGAUAAGUUUAGGAGCAGAUUACAAUCAGUAUGCGAAGAGGGCAGCAGCGUAUUAUGAUCCAGCGAUACCUAGUAUGCCUCAAGAAAUGCCCUUCCCUUCGGAUGCGAUGAUGAGGCAAGGGAUUUUGAAUAGUAGUGAGAUGUUGGAGGGUGCGCCGAUGGCUGAGCAGCCAGCAGCAGGGGAAGUGGAGAUGGUGGAGGAUCAAAGCGAGGCGAUGCUGGGUGCCGACUUUGCAACCAGCUAUUCGCAUUUGAGAGAAGAGCAGAGGGAGGAGGUGGAUGACGAGGAUGCUUUUGACCUUGACCUUAACUAG